AUGUUUUCUCGAACUCCUCGCGCUCUCGUCUCUGCUCGACCAUCCUUCCGUCUUGCCCGGGUGUCGCAGACCUCAACCCCGGCUGCCGUCCAGCGGUUCCAGACCAGAAACCGUGCAGUCCUCUCGUCCAGCGAGGCCUACAGCUCGCGAUCUUUCCAUUCCUCGUCGGUCGCCUUCAAGGGCAUCACCCCAGACUCCUCGGACCCCGCUCCUCCCAAGUCUCAGACCAUCUCCGCCGACGAGCCCAGCUAUGUGACGGAACCUUCACCGCUCACGGACCAGGAGUAUCGCGAAUGCUCGGAGCACUACUUCAAUGUACUUCUUUCAGAGCUCGAGAAGGCGCAGGAGGAGGGUUCCGAUAUGGAGGCUGAGUAUGCGGCUGGCGUCCUAAACGUCAUCGUUCCCAGCGCUGGAACCUACGUCCUGAACAAGCAACCGCCGAACAAGCAGAUUUGGCUCAGCUCACCCAUCUCCGGCCCCAGACGCUAUGACUGGGUUGUUGUGGGGGACAGGAUGCAUGAGAAGCAGGAUACACGGGGUCAGCUCAAUGGCCAGUGGAUCUGUCUGCGUGACGGCUCGAACUUGACCGACCUGUUGAACAAGGAAUUGACAUUGAGCAUUCCCAAGAUCAUCUACGACGAGGACUCUUCGUGA